ACGAGGUGAUAAAAUGAGCGAACCGAACUCGUUAUUAUAACCAUUUAUACAAACACGAAAGUAUUAUUAGUUCAAUUAUUAAGUACAUGCAAUUCAUUAAGUAAAUACGCUCGUGGGAAAUGUCGAGAUAAUGUGUCGAGUUAAAUUUUUAAUAGCUUUUUUUUCGACGAUCAUUUUACUACUAUGUCCAAGCGGCUGCGAUGCUGGAACGUUUGUAAAAACAGAUCACGCUUUCGAAAGGAUCAUGCAAAAUGACACCGUAAUUUCGGAUUCGUUGUCCAAACCUAUUCCGGAUUAUAUUACGGUGACGCAAACGUUGCUGGACAUGUUGAUAAAAGAUAAUAGCUCGGUUAAAGCGCAAUAUUUAAAUAAAUUCAAUCUAGGAUUACACCAGUUGUAUUUGUCGUUAGCCUACGAGCUGUACUACAGACGCUCCGUACUCGAUUAUCCUAAAUUGGACUUUAAUGAUCCUGUAUACAUGCCAAAUGCCACCGCUUACGGUAAACCCGACCUUUGUUUUCAUAACGUUCGAGUGUACGGAUUUCCCGGAUUUAAAAAAUGGACCCAUCGGUUAGAAGGCGACCCGAUCGAUCGAGAUCCUUAUUUGCAGUUUUAUAAGGUAUUCCGAAACUUCUCUUCAGACUCGAUGAUAUUCACCGGUUAUUUCCACGUUUACCAAAAAGAUCAUUAUUUCGUCUACUACACCCGAAACAACACGUUGCAAACCACUCACAUAAAAUGGCGCAGCAACGAAGGCACAAUUCUACCAAAAAGAAUGAUAGAAUCGUUACGUUUCGCCAGCGAAGACCUAUCCCACACUUACGACAGUUCGCUGAAAAAAUCCUCCAUCGUGAACGAAACUCUGCACAAGAAAUUCUUCUCGAUAACCGAGCAAUUAUGGCUGCCCAACUUGAUAUCAUUAUUGAACGAUAAACUGUACCCAAGUACCGUCCACGAUAACGCGGUGUUCGCCAGAACUUACAGACGUAAAGUUCUAGAAAGUUUGGUCGAUGCAGCGUCCCACUACGUAAUGCUGAUCAGUCCAUUGUCCGAUACAUUCGAAUCGUCGCCGUUGAAUUUCACUUCCGCAUCUGGCAUCGGUCCAGCCUACACUCAAAGGUACGAAAAUCAAAAAAUCGAAGGAAUACUGAAUUUCGAUAAUUAUUAUCUCAACGAUACCAGAAUAGAAGAUUACAUGUCGAAUUCAUCGGUCAUCAGUGAAACAGUGAGCUUUUGGUACUCGGACCGGAAACCAGCUUAUGUGAGUUUCUCCAUCAUUGGACACAGAGGCAAACGUGUCGAUAAGAAGUACUCGAUUAGGACUAUGAAUGUUACUUGCGUUUAUGACGUGCUCACUGAUCGGCCUCCUUUGAGGGUUAAUCGUAAAAAGGAUGUUUACUGGAAUGGAAGCGGAUUCCUGUUCCAUUUCGAUUUGGUAAAUUUCGAUCCGCAGAUGACAUUCGUUGUGCAGCAUAUCGGUAAUGAUUUGGCUAGAACUAUAGGUAAUUUACUCGAUGCGGAAACUGAAGCUGAUAUUUUCAACGUGGAAUUUGAGUGAAGAAAAAUCAAUCUGGGUUGAUGAUUGUGAGGUGGUUUGAUUGUGAUUUUUCGAGAUUUAAGUAGGUACUUACUCGAUAGAUUUGUGUAAUUUAUGUAAAAAUAUAUAUUUUUUUGGUGGAA